AUGGCCAUUCGAUAUACCGCAGAGCAUCUGCUCUUCUUGAGGGAGUCGCCGCUAUGCGUCAAACCCGAGAAACUGCCGCCGGCCGAGGAAUGGAUGGGAACAAGACGGCCAACGAUCGACCUCGGUCUCUGGACAAUCCACUCCUUGAUCAGACCAGUCGCCGUCCUGGUAUCAACCAUACCUCGCGGACGAGUACAAGUUAACCCCGAAGACAUCGUCUUUGCCCCUCCUCGGAUGGCAUUCGCUUCAUCUGGCCGAGGGAGCAAGACGCUGGAUGGCGAAAAACCGGCCAAAGAAGCCGACACGACGGGUCGUUUCGCCUUGCGCAACCGAAAUAGCGAAGCGGACGGAGACCGUCUGCGCGCACCCAACGCUGCUCGCCGCCGCGGAGAAAACGAUCAAGACAGCGAAGGUUGGAGUACUGUCAAACCCCGCAAAAGCUUUGGUGCUGAGGGCGCCGAGCGCUUCCACGGCCGCAUGGGUGGUAAUUUCCGAGAUGAGAAGAAGCCACUGCGGGAAACCGAUCGCGAUGUCACUCGCGAACGCCCGACAAGAGCUUUCGAUCCCUUCGCUCGGGAUAGCAAGGAUACCGAAAAUGACGCCCGGACACGCACUGCUGCUGGAAGGAGCAAAGUGGACUCUUGGCACAAGUCAGAGUCGACUGCGACGGAUUUGCCCGUGCCCGAGCGAAAAGAGCGAGAUCGGACAAGGAGCUGGAGAGAUCGGGACACUGCAGAAGCUGCCGAUGAUCGUGCCAACGGAAGGGCACCCGACAGGCGCUGGGCCCGCGAUCGCGAGCAGCGCGUUGAGCGUGAGCCCGAGUGGUUCGACGAGCCCGCGGAGGUGCUCCGCGAAGCACAUACACAGCAAGAUUUCCAGAAGUGGAUGGAGCAGAUGAAGAAGGGCAAAGGAGGCGGUGACUCUUCAGCACCCGCAGCAGCUCCGGCCCCCGAACCUGCUGAGGCCGAGAAGCCUCAACCUCCUCCUCAGCCUUCUACCAUUGAGUCACGUCCUGACAAGUUCUUUAUGGCCUUUGGUUUACAGAGCCCCUUGGAACCCAAUUCUCCUCCCAGCGAAAUAAGCGACGCAGCAGCUGUCAGGCCCAAGACUGUGGGCAAGUCGUCGAGGUUCACCUCUUUCUUCCAUCAACCCCAGGAAGAACAACGGAACAGAGCAGAACAGUCGACGAGCGUACCGCCUGCCACCACGCAGUUCCCCCCUGGACUGGGCCCGCUCUCGUCGCUUGCAUCUCCCCCUGAAGAAGAGAAGCAGGCCUUCCAGCAGCUGCUACUCAAACUUCAGAAGCAAAAGCUGACUGCCACUCCCCCGGCUUCCUCGCCCUUUUCUCCCCCAUCUCAGGGGAACCCACUUUCCCAAGGCAUCCCGCUUUCUCAGGGUAACCCGCUUUCUCAGGGCAACCCUCUUUCUCAGAGCAGCCUUCUUGAGAUGGCGAAGAAGAGCAAUUUGACAUCUCCAGAGCCGUUUCAACAGUACGGUGGAGAGAGAAUCAACGGCGGCAUUGGUCGUCCACCGCCACCGCAGCAUGUUCAAGAAAUUCUGGCCCCUCGCCCGCAGCAGCAGACUGCUCGACCAGACCAGCUCCUUCAAGACCUCGUGGGGCACCACCAGCGCAUCUCCAGCCAGAGUUCGGGGAUUCCUGACCAGGCUCGGAAUAAUAACAAUACCGAGUUCUUGAUGAAUCUCAUGAGAAUGGCGCCCAGUGCUCCCCUGAGCAUGCCCCAACCCCAGCAGCAGCCUCAGCCGCAACCCCAGAUGCAAAAGCAAGUCCCACUGCAAGAGUCGGACUUUUCGCCGAGAGAGGCGCGGGGAGUGCAGCAGCGCCAGAUGCGUCCCCAGCCGCCUCCUGGUUUCCCCAUGGACGAGUCAUUCCACAACGCCGACCGCGAUUCCCGCCUCGGCCAACCCACUCAGAUCUUGCAACGACCUCCUCCUCCUCCCGGGCUGGAUCAGAUGCCACCUAGCUGGAUGACAAGCGGAGGCCAGAUGCCGCCACCGCAACAGCGCGGCCCCAUGAUGCCUCCACCUGGAUUGCCCGGUGGCCUGAACCGCAACGUCCCCAUGCCGCACAUGUUCCCGCCCAACUUCCCUCCUGGUGGCAUGCCGCCUCCAGAUGCCAUGGCUGGCAUGCCUCCUCGCAACAUGCCUCCGCCGCCUCCUGGCUUCUUCAAUGGACCACCCCACGGCUUCAUGCCCCCUGGACUCGGUGGAUUCAACGGCCCUCCCGGUCCGCCUGAAGCUUUUGGCGGAUCUCCUUUUGAAGCCCGUGGUAUGCCUCCAGGUGCCGCUGGCCGAGGUGCUGCUUUUGGUCGGCCAUAG